GAGGCCCGGCGACGAGCACCGCGGGGACCAGCGCCCGGCCCCGGGCCCAGCCGCGGGCACGCUGCAGGCCGAGGAGGCGCUGCGGGCGGACAUGGAGAGGCUGGGCCACAAGUACCGCUUCAUGGAGCCGAACGCAGGCUCGGCGCGGUACCAGGGGAACGCCAGGCUGCCGCACGGCCCCAACCACGAGAGAUACAGCCGCUGGGAGGCGGUCCAGCCGCAGGGCUGGGAGGUGCCCGUCAAGUUCGAGGUUCGCACCCUCGAGCGGUGGUUCAAGCUCAUCGACGUAGAAGGCAGGGGCACGAUCUCGGGGAAAGAGAUGGUCAUGGGCCUCCGGAGGAGCAGGGAGCUCCGGCACGUGAUGCGGCAGAUGCAGGGCAUGCGGAAAGUCUACUCCUCCAUUGCGCGGCCCGGCCCCGCGCACGCCGGCGAGCCGAGGGCGGCCGGGCGGCCCGGCUGCGAGGCGUCCGAGGCGCACGGCUUCAAGGAGGCGCGCAGGCACGAGCUGAGGCAGCUGCAGGGCAUCUCCGGGGGCGGGGGCAAGGAUUCCAGGAAGAUGGACCUCGGCGCGUUCGUGGACUUUUUCCGGGAAGCCGGGCUGCUGCUGGAGCACGACACGGGCCGCAACGUGACGAGGGCCGCGGAAGGAGAUCUGCUCCGCGACCUGGUCCGAGGCUGCCUCCUUGGAGCAGAGGCGCCCUCCGGCUUCGACCUGCAGCGGCCAUCCUCCACGGAGUCGGAGCUGACGGCCAGCCUCAGCAGGGAGGAGUGCCGCGCCAGCGCGCCGGAGUCCACGGCCGCGCCCCCGUCGCGCCUCGGGCUCCGGGAGGACUCGCCCUCGGAGCUCUCCGACGGGAGCCCGCGGAGGAGGCCGUCGCUCCCCGGCGUCGCCGAGCGCGGCGCCGCGCCGGGGCCGAGCCGCGCGGCGGGGCGCCGCGCAGCGCCGCGGAACGCCCGCGCGCCC